AUGACUACGCCAUUUGUGUUUAUGAUGGUCGAGCUGGGUGGUAGUGCACAGCUUCCCAGUGGUUUGGCAAUCGCGACCAACUCUGCAGCAACCAGAUGGGUACAGCCCCCGCCUAGGCUAGCUGCGCAAGAGAAGUAUCCGGUCGAACAGGUGUAUGCGGAUGUUGAAGAAGGUGUAGGCGUGGGCGUAGGAGUUGUAGACGUCGUUGUCGGUACAAUGAUUACUGCGGUGGAAGAUGGCGGUGGAGGCGGCGGAGAAGAGGAGGGUUCGACAUAA